UUAAGUAUUUGAAAUAGAAAUCUAUCUCCAUACAUCCAUUCAAACAAGGAAGAAAGCUCAGUCCACUUAAGAGUGAUGGAGAGCAAACGAAAGAAAGUGAUUCUUACAUAUUCAUAAUUGAAUAAUUUUACAUAACUCUACAAAUAUUAUAUUUUGAUACCACAAAUAUCAUGGACACGUUUCAACUCCAUAGAUUAUGCACCGUUCUUUUUAGUAUCUUUUACCAAGAUUUCUCUCACGAAUAGGAACUUCGUCACCUGUCAUGAGAUAGUGAAGUAUAUCUAACAAGCCAUUCCAUACCAGGAGUUUUAUAUCUUUUCUAUUGAUUCUUAGCCGGUAAUUUGUAUGAAUUAAACACUGUAUAUGCCAUAGCUGAGAUACCCUGAACGAUUUACACAGCAUGUUUUUGAGGGCCAUUACAACUGCAGUGCUAACAGCCAUUGCUUCCUUCAUAUUUGAAAGACUAGGGAAAAAUUACAGGCUACCCUUUUUGCUGAAAUGGAAGGAAGAUAUAGAUCAUUAUGAAGACCAUAGUCAUGAAAUUCUUAAAGAGGAGGCGUUCAUUUUGGACUUCAGGACCUUAACGAUAGCCACAGGGGACUUCUGCAAUGAGAACAAGCUAGGAGAGGGUGGCUUUGGGUCAGUGUACAAGGGAAAAACCCCGGAUGGAAGAACACUAGCAAUUAAAAGAUUGGCAAUCAAUUCCAGACAGGAUGAAAGUUCAUUCUAUAAUGAAGUGAGCACUCUCAGAAAAAUUCAACACAGAAAUCUUGUACAGUUGCUCGGGUGCUGUGCUCAAGGGAAAGAAAGACUACUGGUUUAUGAAUAUCUCCCAAACAGAAGCCUUGAUCAUAUUCUGUUCGGCAGCUUAACCAACAAUAGUCUGUGGAACACAGACCCUGAGAAGCGAAAAUUUCUGGAUUGGCCAAAGCGCUAUAGUAUAAUACAAGGGAUAGCUCGUGGACUGGUUUACCUUCAUGAGGAUUCCCAAUUGCGAAUAAUUCACAGGGAUUUGAAAAUAAGCAAUAUUUUACUGGAUGACAACCUGAGUCCUAAAAUUGCAGACUUUGGGUUGGCUAAGAUUUUCCCAGAUGGUCAAACUCAUGUCAGCACCAAAAUUGCAGGGACUCUUGGGUAUAUGGCUCCUGAGUACAUGAUGGAAGGACAACUAUCAGAGAAAGCUGAUAUCUUUGGCUUUGGAGUCCUCCUUCUAGAAAUCAUUGCAGGGAGAAAGAUCAUAGAUCUAUCACUAAGAUCAAGCUCAAGGGACAACCUUUUGGAAUUGGCAUGGAGAAUGCAUAAGAAAAGAUGUAUUGUUGAAAUAGUAGAUCCAGUCUUGGGUGAUUCAUAUGCCAAAGAAGAAGUGUUGAGGUGCAUUCGCAUUGCCCUUCUCUGCACUCAAGCUCAACAUAUGAGGCCUUGUAUGUCCCGUAUUGUUCUGAUGCUUGCAAGCAGUGCAGAGACCAUUCCUGAUCCAACAGUACCUUCAUUCAUUAAGUUUAAGUCCGCAAGUUGUCCAGACCCCAAAAAUCGUGUAAUAAGCAGAUCUUUUAAACGUGCAGUUCAAAUUGUAAGUUUUCGCUAUUGGUACAAGAAUUAUCCUUACAGUAGGUUCCCAUCCCAUUUUUGCAGUGGUCUUCCAUCUACUUCAAGUGUAGAGCCAUGAUGGAAUUACCAUGUUAACAUUUAUGUGGUGCUAAAAUUGAAUCUGUGAUCAGAAACUGAGAACAUAGUUUUUAUCCAUGACAAUAGUCCCAUUUGGUCUGAUGCAAUGUAACUAUAGUUUGUUACAGAUUGAACAAUAUAACCAUUUGGUCUGAUGCAAUGUAACUAUAGUAUGUUACAGAUUGAACAAUGUAACAGAGCUGAGGUGUUGCAUUUA